UUUCGGAACGGCAAAACCUUAUGGACCAUCCGUUCAACGGAUGGUGGAUGGUGGAUGGAGCUCUGUGGGAAGAGGGCAUUAGUCAGUUGUUGUUUACAUUUACAUUUGUUAAAUUAAGCCGGAAAAAUGAGCAAAAAGGCAACGCGUGCGAGUAAACCCAAGCCGGAUCCGGAGGCAGAGGGAUCUAGCAAGAAGUCCACGGCAUCGGCGCUGAAAAAAGUGUUGUUUGUGUCGAAGGAACUGCUGCAAAAGGAUGCGGACGAUCGACGCCUCCGGCUGGAGCGGUUCUAUCACCCAGGACAAGGGAAGGAUGCACUCUUUGUCACCCAUCCCGAUGGUCAAAUGAUGGAGCUGCUGGAGUACGCGGAACCUCGUCGCAGCUGGCUGUUGAACAGCGAGGUCUGCUCCAAUGGCAGGAUCUACAUGACCUCGCCAGUGGAUCCAACGCUCCUGGCUCUUCACCACCUCCGGAAACACUGUGCGCAAAGAGCAAUGUCACUGGACAAUAUUGCGGUGGAGGAGAAUAGCACCAGUCGCCUGCUCAACGAGUUUAUCUUCCCGGAGACCCUUAAAUGCGUUGCGGAUGUUAAGAGCUCUGGCGACCAGAGGUUUUACAAAUACAACCAAGAGCGAACGUUGGCCUGGUUGGCUCUGAAGACGCGCCAUGUGGCGAAUAUCCUGAAGGAGAAACAAGUCCAUUGUGGCCACAGCGCCCAGUCGCAAAAUUUCGUGCGGAGCGAGAAACUGGUGGCAGAAAACGCCUGCAAGGAAAUGGACUACACGCGCAUGGCCUGUGAUAUUGUGGGGCGGUAUUUGGAUGCAGAUCUGCACGACUUGCUCAUCCACUAUCUGCACAUUCCCAGCGAGAUACAGGCAAUUGUGGAGGAGAAGACUGCUGCCCAAAAGCGGAAAUCGAAGGCCGGCAAGGACGAGGGCAGCGACUCCAAAAAGAUAAAGCUGAACGACAGCGAUGCAGCCGCGAAGUUGAAGAGCAGCGGUCUAUUGGACAGUGAUGGUGAUCCCAAUGCCAGCAUUACGUCGCCCACGCAGGGUCCGCUGAAGGAGCGCUCGCUGACUGCCAAGGAAAAGGCUUUGGCAAAGGGAGCCAAAGGCACUAAGAGCAUUGCCUCGUUCUUCAAAGUAAAGUAGAUUUACGUUUCGCAUAAGUUUAGCAUAUGUUAUUGGCUUACUCACGUUUUAUGUUCUUCAUGGAAGUCGUGUAAGCUUUAGUUUAUUAUUUUGCAUACAUUAAUUGCUACAAAUCUUUACUUUUUUUACAAUCAAUAUAAUAGCAUACGUUUUUAUUGCCUCUCGAUUUUAUUAAAAAUUAAAUUGCUAUACUUGGGGUAUUUAUUUUUAGUUUGUUUGGGUUCUGAGUACCUUUUAAUCGUUAUUCACAAUUAAGGAUUUAAUUGCUGUUGAAACUUAUAUAUUUGAAAUUUAUUGCAUUUUUUGAGGCAAAACAAUAGAUUUCUAGAAUAUCUGGAUUGUAUACCUAUUUACACAAGUCAUUUAAGUAAUCAUUAUUAAAAAAAUAGAAAUAUAAAGGAGUUU